AUGGAUGGUGCAUUGAUGGAAAUUGGGCCCUUCAGAAUAUCCAAAAAUUCAACCAUAACACUAAAUAAUGGCACCUGGCUAAAUUCUGCAAAUUUGCUAUUUAUCGACCAACCUUCAAAUACCGGUUUCUCAUAUUCAAAUACCUUUGAUAAAGAUUUGGAUCAAAUUUCUUUCAAUUUUUACAAUUUCUUACAAAACUACUUUCUGAUUUUCACUCAGGAUUUCAGUGAUACAGUUGAAAUAUACCUAGCUGGUGAAAGUUAUGCUGGCCAAUAUUUACCAUUUUUCGCUGAAUACUUGCUAAAUAAUUACAAAGAUCUAAAUUUGAAAGGCGUAUUAAUUGGUAACGCUUGGAUUUAUCCAAAUUUGCAAUCUUUAAGUUACUUGCCCUGGUUCAAAUCUCAAAAUCUAUUAUCUUCCUCAAUUAUCUCUCCAAAUAAUAACACUAUCAAUAACAUCAACAACUUGAACUUAAUCACUCAAUAUCAUAAUGACUAUUCAAAAUCAAAAUCACAAUUACAAUCACAAUUAAAUGACUCUCUCUUGGAUGUCAAUAUUAACUCCCAAUUAUCUUGCGACUUAAUUCUUGACUCUCUACUAAACUUGACAAGACUAAACAAUUCAAAUGAUAUCAACAACGACUGUCUCAACAUAUACGACUACAGACUAAGAGACUCUUAUCCUGCCUGUGGGGCAAAUUGGCCCUCUGAUUUAACCAACGUCACUCCCUUCCUAUCAAACCCACACAUUCAAAAGAACUUGAAUUUGAACAUCAACUUUAAUAAAUGGGCCGAAUGCAACAGCUCCGUCUCAAAACAUCUCUUAAAUCAAAACAUUAAACCCUCCUUCACCAAAUUAUCAAACCUACUAGUCAAUAAAAACUUACCAAUACUACUAUUCAAUGGAAAUAAAGACAUCAUAUGCAACCAAUAUUCCCUAGAACUAGUCACCCAAAAUCUAAAAUUUGAUGGAAAUAAUCCCUUAAAACUAGGUUUCUCAGACUCAAUUCAAUACGUCGACUGGUUUGUUAAAAAUAAUAGCAACAAUAAUAAAAAGGUCUCUUACAACUUAUUAGGUAAAAUCAAAUAUGAAAACAACUUGUAUCUAAUCGAAUUUAUCAAUGCAAGCCAUAUGGUUCCCUACGAUAACUCAAUCGGCUCUCUAGGUUUAUUAGAUAUCUUUUGGGGCAAUUUCAAAUGGAACUCUGACAUCUCUCAUGAUAAUCAACCAGUUAUUGUAACCCCAAACCAUCCAAAUUCAUUCCAUCUAUCAAACUCGAUUGACAAUUCCAAUUCCAAUUCUAAUUUCAAUUUCAAUUCCAAAAACAAUCAAACAUUCAAAGAUCCAAUGGAUGAUAACAGAGAUACCUUUAUUGGUGACUCCACUCUAAAUGGCUUGAAUUACUUUUUUUUUAUUAUCGGUUCUGUAGUUGUUAUUUUUUACUUUACAAUUCGCCAUUUCAAAAAUAGAAGAUUCACUCAUAGAAAUCGUCAACCUCCUCUUUCUAAUAUUUACGAAAGCUAUGAAAUGAUCGAUAAAUGA